AAUCCUCCGCAAGCAAUAAAUUAUGGAUUAUGGAUUAUGCAAUAAACUGUCUGCUAUCCGUAGUUAAGGAAAAUUACGAACACAUAACACCGCAUUGGAUAAUUAGUCGCGUAACAUGGAGAACGUUCGAAAUCAAAAUAAAAAUAGAGGCAGUGAUGGGCCGGAAAACGAAUCUAUACAGGAUGUGAAGUUCACCAGACAUGACACAACACAAAAGGAAAUGGAACAAGAGAAGUUAAACAUACGAGAAGAAAAUACUGAUCUGAUCUGUGAAAUUGCAGACUUAUGUAAACGACCGGACAGAACAGGUCCAGAGGUUAUUCUGCUUCUUGGAAGCGUCGGUGUAGGAAAAAGUGCAAUCGUAAACACCAUCAUCAAAGCAAUGACGGGAAAACAUUACCACAAAGCUAAAACUGGUCGCGGGAAUACGGCAUCAAAAACGCUUGCAUUUGAAUGGUUUGGAAACUGUGGAAUUGAGAAGUAUGAGCUGCAAGGUUUACAAAAAGAAGCAUUUUCGGAUUGUCUGAACAUGUUGCCUAACAUAUUUGACGUACCAGGGAUGGGCGAUCACUACUUAAGAGAGAAUAUCGAGUUACUCGAGGCAGUUAUUGAAGGUUACAUUCCUCCUGGAACAUCGGUUAAGUCCUUACAAAAGUUGCAGAAAGAUUACGGUGUAGGUUGUCUAAAGAAAAUUUACCCGAAUAGUAGCAAGGAAUGGGCGGUAACACGAGUUGUGUUUGUUGCAAGUGCCGAUCAAUCUCUUCCGACUGCAUUAGCCGAUAUCGUCCGCCGUUUACUAGAUCCUCACGACCAGGCAACAGGACAUUUCAAAUCAAAUAUUGACCUGUUCGUAGUUAUCACAAAGUGUGAUCUGGUGGAAGGGUUCAAUACUUCUGGCACAACAGGAGCGAACAUGAUUAAACAGGACACGUUUAAGAAGAUGGAGAAUGAAGUUGCCGAUGUGUUUAGUAUAGGCGGUGCUAUGGAACAAAACAGCAUUCGAUGGCAGAGCUAUGUGGACGGCCGAUGUUUGGAUGAUACGUACAUCGACAACAUAGCUCUCAAGUUCGUGAGGCAGAUGAUGUUACCGAGACGUAAGAGACAUCAGGUGGAGACUGAUAAAUCGGCUUUGCUUACACCACAACAGAGGUUUUUAUUAAAACUGACAUAUGUGGUAAAUGGGAUGGAUCCGUGUCAGAAAUUUGCACUUGUGGCCGUUAUUAUGUUGUCUUUGUUUGUUUAUUUUGUCAUCGCCUAAAAGUCAGGUCAAAAUUCGACGGUAAGAAAACAUUAAAGUUAGUAGUCCAAAUGGUCGAGAGUAAUUUUCCUUCUUUUUCAAGUAAAGUUACGUGUCCGAAAUGUCUACAGAUAGACGCUCAUUCACUACUGUGUAGGCUCAUCUUCAUUUAGCGCUCAUCUAAGUUACGCUGAUUGAAAUCAAUCUCCAAGCAGUGGUGUCG